AUGGCGACAACACCCACUGCUGCGCCAGCCCGCCGUCAUGCACGGCAAGACUCUAAUGGAAGCAACCCGACUCUGCGGCCGCAGGCCUCCUCGCCUACCUUGACCAACCCCGACAUGAUCCUGCCCGACUACGACGACCGCGAGCCACUUCCCCCGAGUCUGCAACACCACCACCAACAAUCUCUCGGCUGGGGCGGCGUGCCCCUCAACGACGACAUGUUUGACUUUGCCGACGUCGUCGACUCGUCGUCGGCGUCGCCCGCCUACCCCCUCAACACCCCCAUCAUCUACGGCAACGGCACCAUGCUCUCCGACAUUGGCGAGGUCACCGAGGUCGAGAGCAACGUCGGCGGCCCGACGCGCCAGCUCUCCGCUCGCUCCCGCCGCUCCAACCACUCCGACGACAACCUCGCCGCCGCCACGCACAAGCAGCUGCUCCGUCGCGCGCCCGGCGCCGGCGCCAACGCCAAGGACAACCGCGCCUCCAUCGACUCGGCGCAUACCAUCCCCGCGCAUCACGACGGCGCCUUUGCCGACUUCGACGACACCGUCAGCGUCGACGACAGCAACUUCCAGGGUGACGACGAGGAGAGCGUCGCUUCCUCUUUCUUUGACGGCCACUCGAGGCCGCGCAAUGGGCUCGCGUCGAAGCGCUCUGACCUCUCGCUGAACCAAGAUAGAUACUCAACCUCAUCCAUCAGCCGAAGGGCCGAGCAGAUCCUGGCCAACGCCAAGCGCAGGCUGACGACCAUGGAAGGUAAUCUGACCAGAGCGCGUACUUUUAGCUACUCUUCAGUCUCCGACGGCUCCACGCCCUCGCCGAUACGCACGCCCAAAUCGCCUGGAUUUAGAACGCCAGUCCACGCACGCAACGGUAGCGAAAACAGCAUUGCGACCGCGAACCAAAACGGCAUGCCUCCAAGGUCCGCCAGCGCUCUCGGCGCUGCAGGAGGAUAUCGCCAACCGCUCCCACAUUCUCGCAGCGCCGACUCAAUCAACCGCCUCAACCAUGGCAUCUCUCAACAUCCACUUGAUCUUGCCCUGGAGCCGCUGAGCGAAGACGACGGCACGCAGGACGACGACAACUCAGACAGCACACAAGUGGCUAGAUAUGCCAGCCCGACCUUCAACGGCUACAACGACGUAGGCAUAGCGCGCUCUACAUCAGCAGCUCAGAUGCGCGGGAUCCAAGACCAGAUGAACGGCCUCAAGGGCAAAAUCUUUAGCCUCCGGGAACAGGCUGCCGCUGACAGUAUGAAGCGACGGAGCCUGCAAAGCCUGCGCACACAGAGCCUCUUCACAAACGCCAGAGUCGAGGAUGGGGAUGAGGACUCAAAGUCGGCGCAAGGACAAGACGUCGCAUCGCCAGCUCUCGGCAGUCCUUUCCGUGCCGAGUUUGCCAAAGCGCACAGCGGCGACGACGAGCUACCGCCCCCGCAGAAUGAGCAGCAAACGCCGCCUUGGAAGAGAUCGGAACGAGAACCCGUCGUCGCACGACAUAGCCCCAUGCAGAACCUCCACCAAGCCUACUUGCAAGAUGAGAAUACCCCGCCAAAGGGCAAGGCGGCGGCGGCCAAGGAAAAGUUUGACCGGCUCGAGAAAUCCGGUUAUGCUGACGAAGACGACGACCUCGACACCGAAAAUGGGGAUGCUGAAGACCCCGCCGAGGAGCCUGCCGAAGACCCUGCCGAAGAAAAUACUGUUGCGGAUUUGGAAGCCGACGACGUUAGCGAGAGCGGCGACUCUCUCUACCACGAGGCCUACCAGCAUCCCUUGUCGCACGAGGACAGAGAAGAUGCAUUCGACUACGAACACUUUUUCCUACACUCGGCCAUGGGCCAUGUUAGCAGACAGAGCUAUCGAGCCCCAGAAGAAGACGAUUCUGGUAGCGAUUGCUCGGACGGCUCUGUGGAGACAACGAGAGCUCUCCCCACGGCGGCUUCUGGACGCCCACGUCGGCCUAGCCUGGAUACCAUGACAUCCGUUGACAGUUUCGCGACAGCACGCGAAGGCCGUGACAGCCGCGCUUCCACCAUUGACACGGUAGACGAUGGCUACGAGUCCCCGAUCAUUGGCGUCACUCAAAUACACAGCCAGACAAACAAACGUCUCGCGCCUAGUACACAGGAGAGCGGCAGCAGCAGCGAGGAUUCGCGUUCCUCAAAGGAGCGAUAUGGCCCUCGACACGCAUUUCAAUUUCGACCGGCUGCCAUGGCGGCCAAUACUAUCGGUCACCCCAAGCGCAUUGGCCUCCAUCGUCCGUCGGUGUCUUCUUUCGAGUCGACCGGUACAAACCGAAGCUUUCCUCUGAUCCAUAAGACGCGACUAAGCGGAAACACGACCCCGAGAGAGUCACCGGAGCUCAUGAUGCGGGGCAUGCGCAGCCUUCCACAGAGCCGCCGAAGCAGUAUGAACGAGACUGUCCUGGCCAGGAUGUCGAACGGGUCAAUGUCUGGCUCCGUGAACGGCUCCCUCAACGGGUCCGCGAAUGGAUCCAUCACCGGCUCCGUGGGUGGCCCCGUCAAUGGCUCUGCCCACGGGCACUCGAGCUCCAUGAACGGCGGGGACGUGAAUGGAUCGCGCAACGUGGCGGUGUCGUCGCCCACGAUGCAGCCUCUGAGCGGCGAGGACCAGGUAUCCGUCGACCUCUUGCUGGCGAGCAUCCAAAAGUGCGCGUUGGGACUGCGCGACACGACACCAUCGGGCAUCAAGAUGCACGAUGCCUAUCGACGGAGACUGGAAGCUGCCCGGCAAAUCCUGGACGGCGCCCCGGACUCCUUUUAA